GUUCGGAUGACUCCCUUUAGGCCACUCUGAAAUUGACGAUUCGUUUAUUGUGCGAGUUGCUAUCAGGCCUAACAACUCACGACAGACUGCGUAUACACACGGUAUGCCCUUAUGAAUUCUACGUGAUAAAAUGUGUUGAUACACCACAGUCUAUAGACGUUGAUCGUGUCUCGACGGGCAACCAUCGGACCAGCUACCAAAUUAAGAGGAAUUAUGGACGUUCAGUAUUAAAGUGUGAGUUUACUACAAGACAUCGUGUCAAUACAUUGUACAUUCGUGAACACGUUUGUUGACAAUUCUAUCAAAUUUCAGGAAAAGGGAUUAGAACGUGAUACGAGCGUGUCGUCAUGGCAACUAUUUUUGCUGACAUGGAGCGGUUCAAACAGGAGGAGGACUCAAGUAGCAUCUCGUUAAGAGCGAUUCUGGGUGAUAAAAAUUUAGCUGAUUUCACAGAUGACGAUGACGAUGCGGAUUUCCAGCUGUGGAAGGAUGGAGGAUCUUUAUUUACAGAAUCAAAAAACAGGAAACCACAGCGAAGAUUGAAAAGUCUGAAAGGCGGCGUUGGUAUAAAUGGAUACUUUCAUAAACAUCCACCGGCUCAGUAUACCUUUAUCGGGCGAGCGCCAACGGAAGGAAAUUACCACGCCAAGAGCCUAAUCAAAAUUCCCGAGCCGGGGUUUGACAGACCAACCAGAGGUUUGAGUUGUGGUGAGGCACUGAUGACAAAACCCUCCUACCACUGGGAGUCUUCCAGAGCAAACAAAUCUCUGUUCAUUCCACGAAACAGUUUUACGUCACCUCGCCUUUCGCCUCGGAAGUCGUCUCGCAGAGCUGGCUUUCCCGAGAGUAGGCUCAAUGCCAGUACCACAACUAUGACGCCAAGAAUAUCCCUCCGAACAGAGAAAUCAUCAACUUUUGCCAUCGAUAACAGAAGUUUAGAGAGUCGAGAACACACCGCUUCCCAUUUCAAAGUGCCAAGAACUACUCCUGUGACGGGCCUCACGCCAAUAAGCAUUACUUUAGAUCUCAAAAUGUUACGGAAAGACAGUUUCGGGGACGAAUCACCCCCACCCCUCAAUUAUCGAUGCCGUGAUAUCAACUUCGGUGCAUGUGACCGCCUUCCUUAUAAUAGAACUAUAUUACAAGUCCAUGCUCUAGAAGAAAUUACAACAAAUGUUGGCAUGUUAUCGAAUUACGUCAGGGGUUGUCAUCCCGAUAUUGACUUUUAUCUCUGCGCCGUGGCUAUCCCAGAAUGCUCAUCACCGGAAGGCCACAGUCCUCGCCCGUUUUGUCACGCGUUCUGUCUAGAGAUUCUUGAAGGUUGUGAGGAUGCAAUGACUCAGAUUGGUAUAUCCAUCAACUGUAGUGUGUCGUCGCAAGAUCAUCACGUCACGAACAAGUGUAUACAACCAAACAAUUCGACCACAGCAUUAUAUAGCAGUAGGUGUAACGACAAUGAGUUUAUGUGUGGUAAUGGCAGGUGUGUUCUCAUGGCUGAUGUUUGUAAUCACAAUAACGACUGCGGCGAUUCGUCGGAUGAAACAAAUUGCUAUUACCCGUCAUGCCAUCGCAUAGAACUGGACGUUUGCAAUGUACUGCCUUAUAAUUCGACGAUAUUACCUGCUAGUAGUGUCAAAGGUCUGGAUCAAACAUUUACGUUUGUUUUCAAAUUCGCGGGAAAUUGCAAUCAACAUUUCAAAUUCGUUAUCUGCGCCAUGACUUUACCAGAAUGCCCGGCUGCUGAAUCUCUUGUAUCCCGACCAGUCUGCCGGCCAUUAUGCAAAGAGGUGCUGGAGGAUUGUGGGUAUAUUUUGGAACAAUUACAUAUUCAGAUAAACUGCAGCAUGACGCCAAAGGUUCCAGAUAACCAGGGCUGCAUAGAACCAGACGACAUAAGUCAUGAUAUAGAUUCGAUGUGUCAACCAAUUACAGUGGAAGCAUGCAACAUAUUGCCAUAUAACCAAACUCUGUUCAUUCCGAACAACGUGACUGCGAAUGUGACUGAAUAUAUCGAAUCUGUCAGGGGUUGCCAUGAACAUGUGGAUUUGUUUCUUUGCGUGCUGGCGUUUCCAGAGUGCCCGGUGUCGGGUGUUAUGCCUCGUCCGGUUUGCCCAUCAUUGUGUGAAGAAAUCCGCGCUAGUUGUGCUGGUACACUACCUGCCAUAGGUGUGAAUGAUAGCUGUGGUAUCUCACAAAGGGGUACUGAUGUCAAUGAGGAUCGCUGCAUCGGUUGAGGCGCAUAACGUGUCCGAGACUUUUAGUGAAACGACAUGCAGAAAAACGUUCGGACAAAUCUGUAAUUGCUUUGAAAAUAUGUUGAAAAGGAAUUAUUGUAUUAAAAAAUAGAGAAAGCUGCGAGGACCGAUAAUAAAAAUACAUGUAUAUAAA